AUGGCGACGAAAUUAGAGUAUGUUAUUCAACAUGCUUUGAGAACUUUUAGGCAUUCUCACAGGAAAUUACCUGAGUGUUCUGUUACAGAAUUAAACGAGUUAAGAUCUUUAGCAAACGAAAUUACAAUAAGUGAUAUUGGUAGACUUCGAAAUAUCUUAAAUCCCAAUGAAUUAAAAGAAUUUAUGUUCAAAAAGAAAACUUCUCUUGAUUAUAUACCUGUAUAUGAAGAUUACAGUAUUACUGUCGGCGUGUUCUUACUAAAGCAAGGUACAAAAUUACCCAUUCAUGACCAUCCUAAUAUGCAUGGGAUAAUAAAAGUUCUUCAAGGAAAAUUAAAAAUUACAAGUUAUAGUGUAAUAGAUAUAGAAAGUUCAAUUAAUGGAAUAUACUCAUCAAUGUAUUACAAUCAUCCUCUUAAAGUAAUUAAACAUCCUGAAGUAAUACUAACAAAUGAAAAUGAAUGUUGUAUGCUUACUCCAACUGAAAAAAAUAUUCAUGAAGUUGAAUGCAUUGAAGGACCUGCUGCAUUUUUAGAUAUUUUGUCGCCACCAUAUGAAGAUGGAAGUUCAGAGGAACCCAGAACGUGUCAUUACUUUCAAGAGCAUUUGCCAUCUGCACAUACCGAUUCUAAUGAAAUAGAUGAUUGUUUAAGGCUAGUGCAAGUUCCAAGUCCUUUUUAAAUUAUUAUUAAUUAUAUAAAAUUUUUUUUUGUACAUAAGUAAAAAGUAAGUUAUAUUAAAAAAU